AUGCCUAAGCUCAGGUUCAUCUUCACCGUUAUCCUUGUGGUGUUUCUAUUGUUCAGUGCAUCUUCAGGACGAACUACAACUACACAAGCCAAUGAUGCAGAUCGUUUUGAAGUGAUUGAGAGACGCAGCGGGAGGGUUCUGACGGACGUUCAGGAUUACGACUACGGUGGGUCCAACCCCAAACAUGAUCCACGCAGGAAGCCAGGGAAUGGACACUGA